AUGGCUCCAAAACGAAAAAGAAACUCGGGUUCAUCAUCAACCAAGAAAAAGAAAGACAAGGAAUCAUCAUCAACAACAAAUGACAAUACUAGUGUUGCUUCAUCAUCGGGAAAUGGUCAGGAAACUCCAACCUUGCCACCAGUUUUGUCUAACAGCUCCGAUAUUGUUGGAGAGUCAUCAUCGACCAACCACAAUGGAGAAAGUGCAAAAUCAUCAUCGGAAGUUGUAAAUGGAUCAGUGCCAGAGGUAAAGAAGGAGGAAGAACAACAAUUACCAAAUGGACAGUUGGAGGAAGAAUCAUCCACCAAGAAACGAAAGUUAACUCCAACAGAAAAUACCAUUCCAGAGAUUCCAAGAAGAAAAUUUGAAAUGGUGUUAAAGAAGUCCGAGUCAAGGAAGUCAGAUAAGCCUUUUCGAUUUACACCACUAAGCACACCAACAAUAUCCACAAAAACUCAUGUCACCGAGUGUGCCAAGCCAACAUGUUAUUUGUGUCAAAUUCAAAAACAACGAAGUGGCAGCCCUGAACCCCUUCCAUCCGUAGACCCUGUUGAAAUAAGCAUUGAAAAUUAUUUGGACAAUUUUUGUGAACAGCACAAGGCAGCAUUGUCUGUAACCGAUAACAAAACACCUAAUUUAAAAUCAAUAUCAGACAUGAUUUUAAGUACUUUAAUUUCUGCUAAGGAUUCUGAAGAAGAAGAAUUACAUGGGGAUGAAAUAUUUAAAUUUGAAAAAAAAGUGGACAUGUUUUCUGGUAUUGCUCCUUCACUAAUUAUUAGGCUCUUCUCUUCAUAUUUUACGAUUGAAGUUCCAAAAACUAAUGAUGUGACUAGUAUUCCAUCCACUUUAUCAACAAGACAAACCAUGAUCAAAUAUAAUGAAGCAACCAAAGCUUUCCUUACAGCAAUUGCUAAAUGUAAAUUAACCCCUGAUUUAGUAGAAGAACUUCGAGAACUUAAUUGUACAUUUUAUGAUGGUUCUGCAGUCGUACAAGUUACCGAUAUGCGAGUAACCGAUCCAACAAACAAAAAGACACCUCACCCUACUCAAGUUAUUCUUUUGAAGCCUGAACCCACCAACUUGGAAAAACAGAUUUGUGAAUUUAUUGAAGAAAAUCUUGGAGAAUCCGAUCAACUUUCAUCGAGUCAACGAUUGGAAGUGAUGCAGAAAAUUCUCAACGCGGUCAAGAGUGAACCUAGUGACAUUUUAAAUAACAAGUCUUCCUCCCUCUGCCUAAAUCCCGAUCCAAAGGUUGGAAUCCUUGCUAAUGCCAUACAUUACAACAACACAAAACAGUUUUUCAGAAGAAGAACAAGGCCCAAACACCACUACUUUAAUUACUCACAGAAAAAUCAAGCUGCUACAGAAAAUGUAACACAACCUUCUGUGAUUGGACAAAAACAAGAACAUCACUUACUUAACUUUAUUGUUAACACAAAAACAUGGAGCGAGAGUUUACUUUCGAGAAAGGAAAAGGCAACAAUUUUACAUCUCCCCAACAAUGCGAACAAGAAAAAGAAACAAAAACUUUCAUCAAAGCAGCGUAAGAGCAAGGAAAAUGAAAUAUUCCCUCGAAAUCAACAAUCAGAAUCGGUUCCUGCUGAAUAUGUCAGACUGAAUGAAGCUAGCUUAGUGAACAACAAGCCACCCAACAGAUGUCGUAUUCUCAAAUUUGAAUCCUACGACAAACAAAAAACAUGGCGUGUUGACAUCAUUCCUCAUUUGGAAAUGGGCGUGGAGCAUUCGAAAAAGUUUGAGGCGUUUAUUUUACCUCCUCAUACCACCAAUCCAAACAGUCAACAGCAAAUUUAUCCAGCUGAACAACCAUCAUGUUGUGUCAUUGGAGGAAGACAUGCUGCCGAACUCUACGCAAGAAGGUUGAAAGAUAUGUUCACAAGUAAUGGCAAAACAAAACUCAUGAUGGAUCACGAGCUUGAUUUGCAAUCUUACAUUUCAGACAGUAGAUUGCCAAAACCACCACUUCUUUUACAAAGAUUGAACAAGUAUCAUCCAUCAAUGCAGAGCAUGAAACCACAACCCAAUCAACCUGCACAAGGAAAUGUGCAAGCCACACCUGGAACUGUUCCACCUGGCACAAACUUUAUCAAUCAACCACAACCCAAUACAGCAGGAGUUGCUACAAUGGUGCAGGGUGCUGGUGCUCAGCCUCCACCAUCAACAUCCAAUGCUACUGUUGCAGCCAAUGGUGGAACAAUGUUUGCAAAACCAAUGAUUACAACUGUCGGAGGUACAGUGAUUCCUGCAGGUGGUGUCACUAGAACUGUCACAGGCACAAUUCCACCAACUGCAACUACAGCCCAACUUGGAGCAAAUGCUGUUGUCCAAAACAUCCACCCUAACAUGUUUGCGGUCUCUGGAAACAUCUUGUUAAACACCAUGUUGAGUCGUAGCGGGUAUCCAGCAACAAAUUUCAGCUACUUGCUCACUCCUACUGGAGGAAUUGGAGGAGGAACUGCAACCAUUAAUCCCAACUUUUUAAUGAGACCAGGUACAACUCUACCAACUGGUGUGACCAUAAACCCUGCUACUGGUCAACCAACUGUAACUAAUCAACCAGCUCAACCACAGAAUAACAAUACCAACAAAUAA